GCAGCAGCGAUGGCUCUCAGCCUCACUCAGGAGUAUUUCCAGAUCCCUCUGGUGACCCGGACGUACACGACGGCCUGCGUCCUCACCACCGCUGCCGUGCAACUUCAAGUCAUCUCCCCGUUUCAGCUGUACUUCAACCCAGAACUCAUCAUCACUAGAUACCAGAUAUGGCGUCUGAUCACCAGCUUCUUCUUCUUUGGUUCUCUUGGAUUUGGUUUUUUGUUCAACAUCAUUUUCCUCUAUCGGUACUGCCGUAUGCUGGAGGAAGACUGUUUCCGAGGAAGAACGGCUGAUUUUGUUUUCAUGUUCCUGUUCGGAGGAAUCCUCAUAACUCUGCUGGGUCUGUUUGCAAACAUCUUCUUCCUCGGCCAGGCCUUCAUCACCAUGCUGGUGUACGUCUGGAGUAAAAGAAACCCACUGAUACGCAUGAACUUCUUCUGCCUCCUCACCUUCCGGGCGCCGCUUCUGCCCUGGGUGCUGAUGGGAUGUUCGCUGCUGCUCGGAAACCCCGUCACCGCCGACGUCCUGGGUAUCGGCGUUGGACACCUGUAUUACUUCUUAGAGGACGUGUUUCCGAACCAGCCAGGAGGAAGAAAGCUGCUGACGACACCAGAUCUGCUACGGGUCAUGUUUGACCCACCUGAGGGACCUGACCGCCGCUUCCUGCAGGAGGAACAACAGGAAGGAGGAGAUCUGCAGCACAACGAGGAGCAAGGCAGCUAAAAACUCCAGGAGCAACAAGCGAUCAGAAAAUCAAUAAGACAAUCAAGAAGAUAAUCAAUCGAUCUGUUUGAGAAGGCUUUAAAAGUUCAAACUGACUAUAUUCUCAUGCUACAAGGUCAAAACUUUCUCCGAACCUUUCCUACAUAUAGUAAGAAAAGUAACGGUAACGGCCUCAGUUACAGCAGAGACCGAACAGAACUGGGUUUGUAACGACCAACCCAUAGAACCUUGUGUUGGAAUGUAAUGGAAGCUGCAGAAGAAACGAGGAGCAACUGGAAGCCUCGCAUGGAAAACCGUGCAGCUUCGUCUGCACACGCUGCACUUUCACCCGCUGCCUUUGUGGCUCAGACAAAAUGGAAACUGCUUAGCACAACAACACGACUCUGUGGGACGACGGCGGCACAGCUGGGAAAACCAGGACCGGAGUCCAACCAGGACGGAGAGGAGUCUGGAAAUGAAAGGCAACUGGGAAAGAUUCCGCUGGAACAACCGCAUCUGCUUUAAAGUCAUUGUACAUUUAAAAAAGGAGUAAAAACUUUAAAGUUUCAGUUUGAGAAGUCAAAAAUGUAAAAAAAAAACUAAAAAAAACUCAGAGUUUAGAUAUUCUCAAAAAUUUGUGAGAAAAAAACUCACAUUUUGAGGCUAAUUUCACAGAUGUUCUAUUUUUUGAGCUUCAAAAGUUAGAAAUUUUCAGCUUUCUGAAAAACAAAAUUCUUAAAGCUCAGAAAUCAUUUGUCUAGAAGAUGUUUUUUUUUUUUCUUAAUAAAUUUAAUCCCGUUUUUUUUUAAUAUCUACAAGAGAGCCCUGAUACUUUGUCGUAGGUUUUCCAGAGUCCUGCUGGAGAUCAAAUUUCUGUAUUCAGUUGUGUUGAAGCAGAAUCGAGUAGUCCGGUAAGCUCGGUUCGAUUCUGGACGAAAAUUGUUGCUGUGAUUCAUUUUCUCACUGAUCUGCCAAACGAUCCAAAUUGAAUGAAAAACCUGUUCCCCUCCUUGCCUGUGGGGGCGCUGGACUAACAAACACUGAAGGAAAUGACACAAAAACCUCAGAAGAGUGCAAACUUCUCCAUCGCUUUACAAUUUUUUUUGGUCUUAUUUUAAUAAAUUUCUUUCAUGUCCGUUAAAAAUCUGCCUGCAGGAAUCAAAGCCCAAAAAAGGACAACAAAUACAUUUCUUACUGAUUUUUUUUAUUAUUUUGUAAGAAUUAUUAAAAUGUACAAAAAGACAACAAAUACAACAAAACAAUAUAUUAUCUGAGUAGGGUGUGUUUUUGUCUGUCUUGCUGGUCAGGUAGAAGGUCAAAGGUCAAGAAGAGCAGCUUCUCCAGGAAGAAGGGUUCGGCGCGGGGAAAA